GUGAGUAGACCAUCAAUAAUGGCGUUAGAAGCAGUUUCUAUUAUUGUUCUCGCUGUAACAGUGGCUGCCCUUUUGCUAAUUGCAAAUUCUCUCAGAAGUAGAAAGAAUAAGACGGUAGAGGCAAAGCCACCCCAUCCUCCAUUGUGGCCAAUACUUGGGCAUAUUCCUCUUCUAAGCAGAAGCAAACAACCCAUUCAUAGACUUCUAUCCUCUCUGUCACAGCGCUAUGGACCCAUCAUGCAUCUCCAACUUGGCUUCCGUCCAGUUUUGGUUAUCUCCUCUUCAGAUCUCGCAAAAGAAUGUCUGACAACAAAUGACAAAGCCUUUGCAUCUCGCCCACUUAUGUCUGUAGGAAAGCAUAUUGGGUAUAACUUCAAAAUGUUGGGUUUGGCUCCUUACGGUUCCUACUGGCGAAACAUCAGAAAACUUUGCAGGCUCCAGCUCUUUACUGCACACAGAAUUGAAUCCUUCAGGUACAUCCGGGAAGAGGAGAUUUCCAGUCUCAUCUGUUCGCUGUUCGAGAGUUGGGAGCGAGACAUCUGUCAAGUGAACGUCAAAUCAAGGCUCUCUGAUCUCACAUGUAAUAUCAUGAUGCGAAUCGUUGCUAGCAAGAGAUUCUCUCCAGAUCUCAAUCCUCAAGAUUUCCAAGAAGUGCAGUACUUUAAGGAUAUAAUGGAAGAAACUAUUUUGUUUCUUGGAACAUUUGAUAUUGCUCAUUACCUGCCGUUUCUUAAAUGGUUUGAUCCACAGGGAAUAGUGUCGGCUAUGAAGAAUUUUCAGAAGAAAAGAGAGGUGUUUAUGAAUAAAUUGCUCCAUGAUCACCGAGAAAAGAGAGGGGUGCAUGCUCGAGACUUAAUUGAUGUUCUCAUCUCUACAACAGAGAACGAUGAAAUUCAGUCAGACAAUAACGACGACGUGGUGAAAGCCACCGCUUUAGCCAUGAUAAUCGCAGGUGCUGAAACAACCGCUGUGACGAUCGAGUGGGCAUUGUCAGCCCUGAUGCAGCACCCGGACGUUUUGUGCAAAGCCCAACAAGAGCUGGACAUGCAUGUCGGACGGGACCGAUUAAUGGAGGAAUCAGAUGUGCACAAGCUGAAAUAUUUGCAGGCAAUUGUGAAAGAAACUCUUAGGCUUUAUCCAGCGGCACCUCUUAUGGUCCCUCAUGAAUCUCGCGAGGACUCCACUGUUGGAGGAUAUCACAUUCCCGCAGGAACACAACUGUUAGUGAAUCUGUGGGCAAUUCAGAGGGACGGGGCCGUGUGGGAGCGCCCCACGGAAUUUGAUCCUGAACGUUUUCUCAAGAGCGGUAAAGAGAUUGAUGUGAAAGGGCAAGACUUUGAAUUGAUUCCGUUUGGUUCAGGGAGAAGAAUGUGCCCGGGCAUGCCUUUGGCAAUGAUUGUGAUCCACCAUACAUUGGGGCGGCUGCUUCAGAGCUUCGAGUGGUUUACUCCAGAGAGCACAGUAAUUGACAUGACAGAGGGGCUUGGGUUUACAAUACCCAAAUUAAUUCCAUUGGAGGCCAUCAUUAAACCUCGCCUUCCCCUCCAUCUCUACUGAUAUGUCAGAUUACUCUCAGAACAAAGAGUUUGUCAUCCACCAUAGGAUUUACUAGAAAUUGUUUUUGAGGUGCGAAAACUUCGCCUGUUGUGUCCUAAGUCUUGUUAUUAGAUUUAUAAUCUUGCCACUCACCUUUGUUUACUGCUGCAUUACCAGUAUA